GCAACAUAUCAACUUCUCUGAGGGUUACUGUAACUUAUGGACCCAUAGAGAUAGUUCUGGAACCAACCCUUCGGACAUACACGAUGCUGGAAGGCGACACAAUGCAAAAUGUCCUCUGCAAAGCUGACUGUAACCCUGCUUGUCACGUGACCUGGACGAGGAACAGUGACCAUGUCAGUGGUGAUGGCACCCUAUCUCUCGGUAGACUGGAUACCAGUAAAGAUGGUACAUAUACAUGUACUGCCCGGGACGGAACCAGAAUCAGAACCGUGACCAUCAAUGUCACAACUUCAUAUGGUCCAAAAACUAUUUCGCUAUCCCCACCUGGUGAUGUGUCAGUACAAGAGGAAGAGAGGAUAGAUGUUCGAUGCCAGGCGAGUUGUUCCCCUUCCUGUGCUAUAUACUGGACAGGACCGACUACUACCUACCAGGCUGGGAGACGUGGACCCAAUCUAUUAAUCAGACACGCAGACAAGACUUAUCGUGGUGUCUAUGUCUGUGUGGCAUCCAACGACUAUGGCAACAUAUCAACUUCUUUGAGGGUUAAUGUAAACUAUGCUGGUUCUGACAUUAAAUUAGUUCCCAACGAUACCCAUUACUCGGACAAAGAGGGAACCGUCCUGCCGGAUAUCCGGUGUGUAGCUGAAUGUAAUCCCGCCUGUGAGAUGUCAUGGUACCAUGAUAGGACCGGUCGUUUAGUUGAGGGAAGUACCUUGUCCUUGAAAAAUAUGAAAAGGUCAAAGGAUGGAAACUACAUGUGUAAUGCUACGAACAACCUGGGGACACAGACUUUGAGUCUGACCGUAGUGUCUCUCUUUCCUCCAGAGGUACUACGAAAGGACUUGCUGAAUACCUCGUAUGAUGUGGACGAGUGGGACAGUGUAUUUAGCAGUAUUUCCGUUGACGCGUCACCUCUCCCGCAGGCUGACCUUGUGCAUGUUGGAGUGGAUCAACAGGAGGCUACUAACGUCGUACUGCAGUCCCUGAGACAACCUGUCUCCUAUAGGACCGAGUUUUCCUACAGCAUCAGAAAUAUCACAUACUCUGAUGUGGGACACUACACACUUACCGUGUCCAACUCACAGGGGGACUUCACAUACAAGUUCUCAAUCAACAUCAUACAUGAAGAUUGUCAACCUGGAAAACGCGGUAAGAAGUGUGAACUGGAUUGUUCAACAAAAUGUAAAGACCUUUUCUGUGAGAGAGACACUGGCUUCUGUUCAGAAUGCAGAGAUGGACUUUACGGUUAUCAAUGUGAGAAGACGUGUCCUGAUGGCUGUGGCUCAAACAAGUGUAGACGAUCGGAUGGGAAAUGUGACGAUGAAGAAUUUACGGAAAGCGUACCAGUCAUAGCUGGCCUAGCGAGCGUUGCUGCACUGUUUCUUGUGAUGUCCAUCGCCUUCAUUGUCAACAUGUUACGGAAAAGAAUAGCGGCAAAAAGACAGAUACAAGAGGAGCACUACUGCAGCAUUGACCCGGCCGGACAGGAAGUUCCGAAUACGUACGAAAUGAUUGUAACAGACCGGACACCAUCAUGAGAGGAACACUCAAUUCAUGCUGAUACAUAAUGGCCUCUUUCUUUUUCAAUAUCAGUGUCCGAUGACACAUUGAUACGAGAGCGAUAAAAACGGCUGCAGCACGGGGACUUCACACGUAAAUGAUUUAAAUGACUUUCUCAAAGGAAAAAUAAUGAAAGUGCAUCAGAUAAAAACCUUCAUUCACGUACAAUGUUUAUACACUUUCAGGAUCGUCCUGUAACAAACUGAAUUGUUCAAUAUUUGUUUCUAUUUACCACAAUGAUGUUACCUUUAUGUUCAUGUUUUGAUGUCUUGUAUUUAAUCAAGUUAGUUCUGCCACUUUGCAUAGUUUUUCUUGAUAUAUGUACGGCAUGCUGCGGGCUCCGUCUACUCUCCUGAUAUAUGUACGACAUGCUGCGGGCUCCAUCUACUUUCCUGAUAUAUGUACGGCAUGCUGCGGGCUCCAUCUACUCUCCAUAUAUAUAUGUACGGCAUGCUGCGGGCUCCAUCUACUUUCCUGAUAUAUGUACGACAUGCUGCGGGCUCCAUCUACUUUCCUGAUAUAUGUACGACAUGCUGCGGGCUCCAUCUACUCUCCUGAUAUAUGUACGAAAUGCUGCGGGCUCCAUCUACUUUCCUGAUAUAUGUACGGCAUGCUGCGGGCUCCAUCUACUCUACUGAUAUAUGUACGGCAUGCUGCGGGCUCCAUCUACUCUCCUGAUAUAUGUACGGCAUGCUGCGAGCUCCAUCUACUCUCCAUAUAUAUAUGUACGGCAUGCUGCGGGCUCCAUCUACUCUCCAUAUAUAUAUGUACGGCAUGCUGCGGGCUCUAUCUACUCUCCAUAUAUAUAUGUACGACAUGCUGCGGGCUCCAUCUACUCUCCUGAUAUAUGUACGGCAUGCUGCGAGCUCCAUCUACUCUCCAUAUAUAUAUGUACGGCAUGCUGCGGGCUCCAUCUACUCUCCAUAUAUAUAUGUACGCCAUGCUGCGGGCUCCAUCUACUCUCCAUCAAGUUCAAGUUCAAGUUCUUUAUUACUUUAAGUCGGUUGACUUAUCUGUCAUAACAUAUAUACAAAACAAAACA